ACGGGGCCGUGACGCGCGCGCAGCCGCUCCCGACGCGCUCGCGCCUGGCUCCGCGCGCAGAGACAGCUCGCUCUCGGCCCGACCGUCGCCGCCGCCGCGCCAUGGACGACUACGCCGUGCUGUCGGACGCCGAGCUGGCCGCCGUGCUGCGCCAGUACAACAUCCCGCACGGGCCCGUCGUCGGUUCCACCCGCAAGCUGUACGAAAAGAAGAUCUUCGAGUACGAGACGCAGCGCCGCCGGCUGUCGCCCCCCAACGCGGCGGCGUCGUCGUACUCGUAUCGGCGGCUCUCGGCCUCCGACGACUCGGACAUGUAUGAUCUGCCCAAGAAGGAGGACGCCUUACUCUACCAGAGCAAAGGCUACAAUGACGAUUACUACGAGGAGAGCUACUUGAGCACCAAGACCUAUGGCGAGUCGGACAGCGCGGGCACCAACAAGGGCUUCCGCCAGCCGUGCCCCUCCCUGGUGGAUCCCGACUCCUUCAACUGCCAGGUUCGCGAGGACAGCCUCUUUUCUUUUGAGGAUGGCAAGGAUAGGGAACGCCAGCUGUUUGGCCGCGACAGUCCCUACCAGAGCAUCGCGCAUUACCGCCCGGUCGCCAGCAUCUCAAGAGGCCUGACCUAUUACCCGUCUCCCUCCAUCUCCCCUGUGUCUUCUUCCUCUGGCCCCCCUUCGUGGCUCGCUCGCCGUGCCAUCCGUCCGGAGAAGCAGACCCCAGCGGCGGGGCUGGGCCUGGACCGCCAGGUCCCGCUCUGGGGUCAGCUGCUUCUGUUCCUGGUCUUUGCUGCCUUCCUGCUCUUCGUCUACUACUCCAUGCAGGCUGAGGAUGGGAACCCCUUCUGGACGGAGCCCUGAAGAGCUGGCCGUGUCUGGGGGGUGGGGGUGGGGGCGGGGGCUUUUCUGUGUGUUCUAGCCUGCCUCGUUCUGCUUGUUGUGCCCUGGAGGCCGCAGACCCAGGCCCUGCCCUUUGAGCCUUCCCUGCUUGCCGCUGCUGCUCAGGCCCAGGAGGGCAGCCCCUUCUCCUGAAGAGGAGCACUUGGUUGUUGUCCUGCAUGCCUCCUGUGUGUGGUCACCUCGUCGGGGGGAUUCACCAAAGGCCACCCUGACUUUGUGUUUGUGGACACAAUAAAAAGACCGUUUAUUUUUAA